AUGGCACCACGUAGUUGGCUUUCGGGGGAGCAGCAGGCCUUCGUGCUCACCUACCAUGAGAGUUUCCUCGAAUGCAAAAAGAAUGGGAACUAUACCAAUUUCUGGCCUCCCUUCUUCGAGAAAUGGGAAGAAAAAUGGCCAAUUAUUCUUGAAGAGGAGCCCGUAAAUGAGGAGAUGAAGCUCGAGGAGAUAGCUAAGGCAAGAGAUGCGCUUCAGACAUGUUUAACCGUCAAGCUAUGGAAUGACUUUGGUAAUUCGAAAGCUGGUCGCCGAGCAAACACCACUGGGAACACCGUUGUUAGCAAACUGAUUGGUGACAUUGCUAUCAAGUCAGGCAAGAAGAAAUCACGUCCUCUCAAUGCGACCGAGGUUUACGCCAAGAAAUAUUAUGUGUCGCACAUACAGCCUGCAGUGAAGGAGGAACUUGAUGCCAUGAAGGACGCACCGGAUGCACCUGAACCGAAGAAGCGAGCUAUGCAGGUUGUGCGCAAACAAAUAGCAUCUUACUGGGAAAAUGAAAGCGCAGAGGUGAAGGAGGAAGUCGCCAAAUUGGCUGAACAGAUGAAGGAAGAGAGGGUGAAAGACGGGAAACGUGACAAGGAGCUGUCAAAGGAGACAAUCAUAUCAAGACUUACAGAAAUCAUGUCAACAUUUUUCACCGAGUUGCACGAUGCGACAGGAUGGUCGUUCAGUGUUUUACUUGCUGGCCCUGACCCUAUGAAUGGUGGCAAACUCGACGUUAGUAGCUUGCAUAUCGGGACCACUACUGCCGGCAAUCGGUUCAAUCAUGCAUUUCCAAAGUUUGAGGAGAACAUUAUGGUGCCGUAUUUUGAAUUUGCAUCACGAGCAUUUCCUAGUGCUGCAGUAUUGUUAUCGAAAGGAACUACACUCCCUCAGGAUGAUACCUCAAGUGAUACAUCACCCGCUAUGGUCCCUUCCACAUCACCUGAUACAUCACUUACACUAUUGGACCCAUUGCCGUCAUCUAUGGAUACCACAAGUGAUACAUCACCCGCUAUGGUCCCUUUUGCAUCACCUGAUGCAUCACUUACGCUGUUGGACCCAUUGCCGUCGUUGUCUGGACUAUCCGGCGCACUUUUGGGGCAGGAAGCUGAUACAUCACUGGCUGGACUAUCCAGCGCACUUUUGGGGCAGGAAACUUCCGGUCCUGAUACAUCACUCACUCAUACACCACAGCCCGUCUACAACUUCUUUCGAUACUCUCCCCUCGAUCCUCAAGAUGACAGUGUUGAUCUGGACUUCAACAACACAAUUCUACCCAUGCCACCCAACUACAAACCGCCAUCUCCGCUACCUCCAUCUUCUCUGGUACUGUCUUCAUCCCCCUCCUCUCAAACAGAUUGUCUUCCUUCUUUGCAGCUCUCUCCCUUAACUUCCACCUCGCAAACUGGUCAUAACGUCUCAUUCAGUGAUGCCGGAGAAUUUCGUUUUGGGGAUCCCUACGACGACACGACCUUGCAGACCUUCACGUCUCCUCCUCGUCUUCGCCACUUAUCGUCAACUCUCGCAAACACUGCUCAUAACCAACAUCGCACCUCUCCUCUAUACAACAAUACUCCUACUCCCGCGGAAAUUCCUGCUCCUGCCCACACUCCUACUGCUCAUAACCAACAUUGCACCUCUCCUCCACACAACAAUACUCCUACUCCCACGGAAAUUCCUGCUCCUGCCCACACUCCUACUGCAGUAGAGCUGCCUAAUUCUACUCAACCGUCUGUCGUCAUGCCUGAAUCUGAAUCUCUCACCGUGGGACCGAUUUUGGCCGCGCCUGCUGCCAGUGGUGGCACAUUGCUAGUCACAAAAAAGGCUUCUAAAUGUAAACCCACCGAGAGCAACACAGAGAAUUUGGAGAUGGCUGCAGUGAAGCGUCAGAAGGGGGGCGCAGUGGUUGUUUCCACCGAGAACUCUCAGCAUCAUGUCGAGGGAGGGCGGGGCAAACAACAGCGUUUUCAUUCGUCUCGCGCGGCCACUGCCAAUGCCAUUGGUACAUAG